CGGAGCGACGGGUCUCGGGCCCCCAGGCGGAGCGACGGGUCUCGGGCCCCCAGGCGGAGCGGCGGGGGCGCCGGACCCCCAGGCGGAGCGGCGGGCGCCGGACCCCCAGGCACGACAGUGGGCUCCGAGUCAACUGGCAUGACCGCUGGCACUGGGUCAGACAUUGGAUCGUCUGGCUGGACAGCGGGCAUCGGGUCACCAGGCAUCAGGUCAUUUGGCUCGACAGCGGGCACCGCGUCAUCUGGCAAGGCAGUGGGCACCAAGUCACCAGGCACAGCAGUGGGCUCUGAGUCAAUUGGCACGACAGCGGGCACCGGGUCAUCAGGUACCGGAUUGUCUGGCUCGACAGCGGGCAUCGGGUCACCAGAGGCAUCAGGCUGAGUGGAGGCAUCAGGCUGAGUGGAGGCAUCAGGCUGAGUGGAGGCAUCAGGCUGAGU